UUGCCGAUGUCGAGAGCACGUGUUGUAAAGUGUUUUGUUAUAUAGUGGGUCUAUACAUUUUGUUAAAACAGCUGUAUUAUCGUGAAAUAAUUCAAUUGGUAGAAUGUGCGAAAAUGUGACACAAUCUUGCUCUGCCUUGGAUGAUGUGCAGUAUAAUUGUAUUUCCUCCGAGCUCAAUACAAUCGACCCUGAAAGGUCAUCAGUGUUUAUAGACAAAACACCAUAUACAGUAGUUACUGAGGGAAAAGCUGAAGUAUUAUUUCCCAGUUCACAUGAUGUUUUUUACAACCCAGUACAGGAGUUUAAUAGAGACAUGAGUAUUGGUGUUAUAAAAAGUUAUUUGGAAGCAUGCAUGCAGAAUACUGCUAACAAAAGUGGAAUUAAAGUAGACAAGUCUGAAAAAGAAUGUGGUGGUAUACAAAAGCCAAAGGAAGGAAUAACUGUAUUAGAGGCUCUAGCUGCAUCUGGCUUGAGAUCUGUACGAUAUGCCAAAGAAAUACCUUGUUUGACAUGUAUUAUUGCUAAUGACUUCUCCCACCAAGCUGUUGAAAGCAUGAAAAGAAAUAUCAAGCAUAAUAAAGUAGAAGAAAUUGUUGUUCCAAGCAAGGAAGAAGCUGCGAUUUUGAUGUAUCAGCAUCGUUCCCAUGACAAAAGAUUUCACAUUAUUGAUGUAGAUCCAUACGGCAGUCCUGCUCCAUUCUUGGAUUCUGCUGUCCAAGCAGUUCGUGAUGGAGGGUUACUGAUGAUAACAUGUACUGACAUGGCAAUUCUGUGUGGAAACAGCAGUGAGACUUGUCGAGCCAAAUAUGGUGCUGUAUCAUUAAAAAUGAAAAGUGGCCAUGAAAUGGCAUUACGAAUUGUUUUACAAAGCAUUGAAAGCCAUGCAAAUCGAUAUGGUCGGUACAUUGUACCUGUGCUGUCCUUGAGUGCAGACUUUUAUGUACGAGUUUUUGUUAAGAUCUAUACCAGUCCAUCCAUAGUCAAACAGAGCACAAGCAAGCUUGCUAUGGUGUACCUUUGCACUGGCUGUGAAACAUACAACCUUCAACCUUUAGGAAAAUGCAUACAGAAGGAAAAAAGUUUAAAGUUUUCUCCUGGAGAUGGACCACCGGUAGAUAUGCUUUGUUCACAUUGUCAACACAGACAUCAGAUUGGUGGACCUAUUUGGGCAGCAAAUCUUUAUGACAAAGAUUUUGUUUUAGCAAUGUUACAAGAAGUUCAAAAGGAAGAGCAUUUUUAUGGAACAGGAAAGAGAAUGAUUGGAACUUUAAGUGUGAUUUUAGAGGAGUUGGAGGACUGUCCAUUGUAUUAUACACUAGAUAGGCUUUGUGGAGUUGUCCAUUGUACCAUGCCAAGCAUGCUUCAGUUCAGAUCUGCUAUUCUGAAUGCUGGGUACCAAGUAUCAUUAUCCCAUACAAAUAGGACAUCCAUCAAAACUAAUGCCCCAGCAAGCACAUUGUGGGAUAUCAUCAGAACAUGGACCAUGCAGAACUCUGUCAAAAGAAAACUUGAAAAAGGGAGCGCUGCCGAAAUAAUCUUGAAUAAAAAACCAUGCAUUGAAGUGUCCUUUUCUCUCAGACAAGAUGCCAACCCUUCUUCUAGACAACAGAACUUGCUGCGCUUCCAGGUUAACCCAGAACCCCACUGGGGACCCAAAGCACGAGCAAGAACAAGUUUAUGGUCAGAAAAGCAGAUAGAGAAACAACAAAGAAAGCAGGGAAAGAGAACAAAAAUAAGAAGUGAAUCUCUUGGUAGUCUAAAGAAGUAUCCUUGCAAAAGAUUUAAAACUGGAGAAUGUGGAUUUGGAGAUAAAUGCAGAUAUUCUCACAACUUUGAGGACAAAGAAGCAGAAGGAAAGAAUGAGAAUUACUUAACUCAAAAAUAACUACUAUCUAGACACUUUGUUGGGAAUCUGGUGUAAAUAAUCAGUAGGUUUAAGUUUUGAUCAAAUGGUAUUAAGUCCACAGUGCAUAAAAGUAUGAUAAACAUGACUGGAAAAGAAAGACAUUUUAAAAAACAAUUUGUCUCUUGUGAAUGUAACUGUAUAUUUCUGUGUUGUUUAGUUUUGUAAGGAUCUUGUAAAAUAAAACUAAGCACAAAUCCUUGU